UUUCUCCUUCAUUCCUGCGCGUCGCACGAUGGCUCAUAUAUGAGGAGGACACUUCGGGAUGUGGACAUACUCGAGUGUCUCCGCGGUGAGAAGCGCAUGAGAGAAGGCGACGCCGCGUCCGACACCGAGACGGACUCCUCCCCACCUCGGCCGUGACACCUCCCGGUAAACCGCCGAGAGAGAAGGAUAAGUGGGUUCGUUCCUCCGCGGACGCUGGAGACCGACUCUGACGCCGCCAUUCGCCGGCCAGUGACUGAUUGUGUGGCUUUAAAAAGUUGCCUGGAGAACAUGGACAUCUGACGUGCGCCACACGGCGUCAUUGGACACAUAGGGCCCCUAUCUCUCUCUCUCUCCUUCUCUCUCUCUCUUCAUCUCUCUCUCUCUUUUCCAUCACAUCUCGGACUGGCUCAUCCCCUGCGCUUUGGCUUUGGAGUAAGAAGAAGAAGGAGGAGAAGUGUUGAGCAGUUGUCAUUCGCCCUGACACGGGCUGCAUCCAGGAGCUCUACCUGCAGGAGACCGCUGCCUGUUGUGCUGAUGCGCAUUCGCUGAUCUCUGUGUCUUGUGCACGUUCUGUCAGCGCACCUCGGAUUUGUCAGAGCUGACAUCCCGCAUGAAAUAAAGCCAGUGAAUCAUCUGGACCCUCGCCCCGCACCCGAGAGAACAAACGCAGUGACGCGUAGCUUUUUUUCCUCCUGAACCCUAAACAAGUGUCAUCUCCAGUCUCCCCCUGAAUGGUCACAAUCUUUUUGUGCCAUUUUUCCUUGUUUUGCCUUUCCCCCCCGAGCCGCGCGUCUUGUUUGUCAUCUGUGCGCGCGCUCAACCCCGAACUGCGCCAGAGAACAACACACGGCCACAUGUGAGCGAGACCCGUCACCUGUCCCGGCUGCAGCGCGCGACACGAGUCCACCGACCGACCGACCCAACACCGGAGAGGAAUACGUGCCGAAGUUUCGCUGUAGUGAUGCUGCAAGUGGAAAUGAUCAUCGUUGUGUGCCUGGUGCUGUUGAUGUGUGUAUUCAGCCAGGAGCCCAGCUCCAAAGUGGUGGCGGACCGCUACGCCGUCUUCUGGAACCGGACCAACACCAAGUUCCAUCGUGGGGACUACCACAUUGACGUCUGCAUAAACGACUACCUGGACGUCUACUGUCCUCACUAUGAAGACACGGUGCCGGAGGAGCGGACGGAGCGCUACGUCCUCUACAUGGUCAACUAUGACGGCUACAGCACGUGUGAUCACACCGCCAAGGGCUUCAAGCGCUGGGAGUGCAACAGGCCGCACUCCCCGAACGGGCCGCUCAAGUUUUCGGAGAAGUUCCAGCUCUUCACUCCCUUCUCCCUGGGCUUCGAGUUCCGACCGGGCAGAGAAUACUACUACAUCUCCUCCACCAUCGCUGAGAACGGGAGGAAAACCUGCCUGAAGCUGAAAGUUUUCGUUCGACCAUCAAACAGCUGUGUGAAAACUAUAGGCGUACAUGACCGUGUUUUUGAUGUAAACGACAAAGUAGACAAUACAUUAGAACCACGAGAUGAUACCAGUCACGAACCAGCAGAGCCUUCUCGAAGGGAAACAAAUGCUGCGCCGCACCUGCACAACACAAGUCCACUCCUGGCUUUGUUGCUGGCCUGCCUAGCAGCACUCUUCACUUUAUAGCGCCUCCCUCUGUCCAGGAGGGCAUUUAACACCUAGCGUGGCCUGAAUCUGCCCGGGGCUGCAGGGAAGGGGCGGGCUUUGGGUAUAGCGUGUUGGCUUGAUUGGGCGUCAGAGCAGGCUUCUCAAGGAACCCUCUAUUUUUUUCUGAACAAAAAAAAUAUUUAAGUGGUCUUUCUCCGUCUGUGAGUGAAAAAAGUUGAUGUUGGAGGGGAGGGGGGAGACACCUCCCCCUCUUAAACCUUCAACUAAGAUGCCAAAUCUCGUUUUUUGACACUUAGUGAUUCUUAUUUUCCCGUGACUUGACAUCCCUUUACAUCAUGUUUAUGUCAUUGCAGCACUGAUGUUUACCCACACAUACACACACACACACACACACACCUAUUCACACACACAUCCUGCUUACAAAGUCACAUACAAAUUGCCUCAAACAGUCAAUAGCAGUAGGGUUUUUACACAGUUGUAUUCAGUAGCAGCCUUACACAGUAGGAAAGUGAAGAUUCUAGGUCUUAGAAUGAUUGUACAUACACAAAAUAAAUAGCUAAUCCCGAGACCUCUCACGAAGCCUUUCAGAAUAGAUCUUGAUAGAAUUCUGAUGCGUCAUUAGAAGCAGAUUUCUUGUACCACCGCUGAACUGGGCUAUGCGAUUAAAAGUGGAACGAUGAAGGAAAUUAGGAGUAAUGGUUUAAAGCAAAGGUCAGACUGGAAAACACAGCGCUGAGAAAUUAAGUAAAUGGCCUGCACAUUAGUCUAUUGAUCUUCAGACUGUCCUGAUUUAUAGAUGGUGCUCAGUUUUCUCUUAAAUAUGAAUUGCAUUUGCUUGUGAGUAAACUACUUAGAGAUGGAGCGAGAACCAUUGGGCAACUGGUUCUUGUCCCUCUUUGUGCAGUCCCUGCUCAAACACCUCUCAAAGCACUCGGUUGAAUCUGACUCACCAACCAACCAAACUGAAACUUUCUCACCAGAUACUUUGUGGGACUGUUAUUUAGAUCGAGGAUCCAUAUCUUUUGAAAGCUGAUCAAAUAAUUGCCCGACAACAGUCACACUCAUUUUAUGCUGCGUUGACUCAGCUGGGCAACAAUUGUUGCCUGUUUCCUUUGAGCUGUAGUCAAUAUUUAACACUCCCACGAAAAUUUGCAUCCACAGCUUUUUCUUUUCCUUCACUAUUGAUUGAUAAAGUUAUUGUUUGAAAAAUGAUUCACAGCUAAAUUGGACCUCAAGUUAUUUUACUAAUACUAUUUUCUCCAGACAUUGCCUUUAGCUUUGCAGACCCAUUAAAUUUAGUGUUUUUGUUCCGUCUGAGUUCCUCUGUAGUAAAAACAAUAAGGCCACGAUCACACAUACGCAAACGCAGGUGAAUGAUAAUCACCUGCUGAGGCACAUUACUGGGGGCAAUGCAGGAUUUGAUGCAAACCAGUUGUGGAGCCACAUAUAGCCUGUUUGAGGGUGUUGUUGUUGCGGCGAGUUCAACGCAUCUGAAAUCAGGGUCUCUAUCUCUACACGGUCUGGGCUCACUAUGACAGUCACAGCCAAUGACGGCCAAAAGCCGACCACACAAACGUUGUUGCUUCUGGUCGAGGCUGUGAUGUUGCUGGUUUGAAUUCACCAAAGUUGAACUCCACUCCACUCGUCACAGGAAGCAAGUGGGCCGCUCGCCCCCUCAUUGCCACAGAAUAGAAAGGAAGGUUCACGACUAUUAAUUUACAUUAAUACACUUUUUCCUCACAUCUUUGUCCCUUUACAGCUUUUAAUCAUGCUCAGAUGAUAGUUAGUUGGUUCUCGGAUUCAGAUAAUUACAACGUAGCUCCAAUUAGUUUAAACCGCAUUGCUUCAAAGGAGGAAGUUCAAGUAAGGGCAAUGCACUGCUCUAGUCGAGCCAGGUUGGUUUUAGCACUUAUAUUCUAAAAUUCACUGUGUUUUUUGAAUGAUAUUCAGCUUCCAUCAUCUCCCACAGAUGCACAUGGUGAGUUUCUUUUUACAUCGGAGGGGCAUGUUUCUGAGCUAAAGUCAAGUACUGACAGAAGGAGGAAUAAACUCUGCCUUACUUUUUCAGAGCCUGGCGUUGUAUGACAAAUAAGGCACCAGUUGGUUUGAGGAGAGGUAGAGAGAGAGAGAGAGAAGUGGCGCAAGACAUAGGCGCAUGUCGCGUGUCCACCUUCAGCUCCUAGUGUUACUGGUUUAAGUAACUCUUUAAUGAGGUUCAAAAUGACAGGCAUGUAGACCCCAUGUUGUGGCAAGGGGAGUUAUUUCUGGUAUUAAAAAUAGAUGGUGGAAGG